AUGGCGACCAACGACGCUUUAAUCUGGAUCGACUGCGAGAUGACGGGUCUUGAUCCCGAUCGCGAGGAGAUCAUCGAGAUAUUCUGCAUCAUCACGACCGGAACUCUCGAGGUUGUGGAUGAAGCAGGUUGGGGGGCCGUCAUUCACCAGAGCAAGGAGCGAAUGGACCAGAUGGAUGACUGGUGCACGAGGACUCACGAGAAGAGCGGACUGACAGCCGCUGUGCUGGCCUCCAAGGUCACUCCUGAGCAGGCUGCGGACGAGCUGCUGGCAUACAUCAUGAAGCAUGUGCCGGAGAGGGGCGCGCUGCUGGCGGGCAACAGCGUGCAUGCCGACCGUGCGUUCCUCAGGCAAGAGCCGUACAAGAAGGUCGUCGACUAUCUACAUCACCGCAUUCUCGAUGUCAGCAGUCUGAAAGAAGCGGCCAAGCGCUGGUGUCCACGCGAGGUCGUCCAGAAGGCGCCGGCAAAAAAGGGUCUCCAUCAGGCGAAAGACGACAUCUUGGAAAGCAUAGCCGAAGCAAGGUACUACAAGGAGUUCAUCUUCCAGAGGUGA